UCGCCGCCGCAGAGCCUCGCCCGCCGCGUCGCAGCAGCGCAGCGGAAGGGAGCGGAGCGAGCGGGCGGGCGGGCAUGGAGGCGGCGGAGAAGGAGUGCGGGGCGCUGGGCGGCCUCUUCCAGGCCAUCGUCAACGACAUGAAGAGCUCCUAUCCUGUCUGGGAAGAUUUCAACUCGAAAGCCACGAAGCUCCACUCCCAGCUGCGGACCACCAUAUUGGCUGCAGUGGCUUUCCUGGAGGCCUUCCAGAGAGUGGCAGACAUGGCCACCAACACCAGAGGAGCCACAAGGGAUAUCGGAUCAGCACUGACCCGGAUGUGCAUGCGCCACCGCAGCAUCGAGACCAAGCUGAGGCACUUCACCAAUGCCCUCAUGGAAAGCCUGAUCAACCCCCUGCAGGAGAGGAUAGAGGACUGGAAGAAGACUGCCAACCAGCUCGACAAGGACCAUGCAAAAGAGUACAAACGAGCCCGCCAUGAGAUAAAGAAGAAGUCUUCUGACACACUGAAACUUCAGAAGAAAGCCCGCAAAGGCAGGGGGGACCUGCAGCCUCAGCUGGACAAUGCCCUGCAGGAUGUGAACGACCUGUACCUCCUGCUGGAGGAGACGGAGAAGCAGGCAGUUCGCAAGGCCCUGGUAGAGGAACGAGGGAGGUUCUGCACCUUCAUCGCAUUCCUGCAGCCGGUGGUGAACGGAGAGAUCACCAUGCUGGGAGAGAUCACCCACCUUCAGGGCAUCAUUGAUGACCUAGUGGUGCUGACAGCAGAUCCACAUAAACUGCCAACAGCCAGUGAGCAGGUGAUCAAAGAUCUGAAGGGCUCUGAUUACAGCUGGUCUUACCAAACCCCUCCAUCCUCCCCUAGCAGCUCAGGAUCCCGCAAAUCCAGCAUGUGCAGUGUGGCACAACCAGGAAAUGCCAACACCCGCCUGUCCAGUGUCUCAUCACAUGACUCGGGCUUCAUCUCGCAGGAUACCAUGUUCUCCAAGCCUCCUUCGCCAAUGCCCUUGGACAUCACCAGCCAGAAGUCCUCCAGCUCUGCAUCAUCUGAAGCCUCUGAAACUUGCCAAUCUGUUAGUGAAUGCAACUCCCCAACCUCGGAUUGGUCCAAGCUCCCCAUCUAUGAGCAGCCGGGCGCAAAUGCUCUGCAGCGCAGAAAGGAUCGUGUGGAGUUUCUCCGGGAGGCAGAACCAGGCUCGGCCUCCCUGAUUUAUCCGGGGCUCAGCUUGGAGGAUGGUCCCCGGCCUCGCCUGUCCCCUGCUUCCAUUGCUGCCAAGCAGCACGGGGAGGAGGUGUCUCCGGCAGCCAGUGACCUGGCCAUGGUGCUGACCCACGGCCUGAGCCUGGAGCACCAGAAGAGCAGCCGGGAUAGCCUGCAGUUCUCCAGCGGCUAUAGCACACAGAACACCACCCCAUCCUGCUCCGAGGACACUAUUCCCUCCCAAGGUUCAGAGUACGACUGCUAUUCGGUGAAUGGGGACAUCGAGGGAGACAAUCAGAAUGAAUUAGACAAAUCCUCAACCAUCCCUCGCAACAGCAAUAUCGCUCAAAAUUAUCGGCGGAUGAUCCAGACCAAGCGACCGGCUUCAACGGCAGGCCUGCCCAUUGGCACUGCCUUGCCAACCGGGACCACACCAGGCGUGGCUACCAUCCGUCGCACACCUUCCACCAAGCCCACGGUUCGCCGAACCGUCUCCAGCGCUGGUCCAAUUCCCAUCAGGCCCCCCAUCGUCCCGGUCAAGACCCCCACUGUGCCUGACUCGCCCAGUCACGCCAGCCCCCUCCGGAUGGGCAGCGAUGAAUGUGUCUUCUAUGCCGACGAUGCCUGCUCGCCGCAUGGCCUGGACUUCACCAAACCAUCCCCCAAGAGGCUGAGCCUGCCCAAUGCCAGCUGGGGUGGCAGUGCCCUGGAGAUUUCGGUGUUUGCCGGGGCUGGGAAGCCCUCCACAGAAGAGGAGCAGCAGCUGGCCGCCAACCGCCACAGCCUGGUGGAAAAGAUUGGUGAGCUGGUGGCCAGUGCUCACGCCCUGGGAGAUGGCCAGUUCCCUUUCCCCACGGUGUUCUCGGACCCUGGUCCUGAGGAGCAGACCCCCAACCCCCCUCUGGCCACUUCCAGUGAGCCCCCCGCUGAAGACAUGCUGGUAGCCAUCCGCCGUGGGGUGCGCCUUCGUCGAACCCUAACCAACGAUAGGUCAGCACCACGGUUUUUGUGAUUGCUCUGCUCAGCUGUUGACCCAAAUUCCUCCCAAGCACAAGGCGCCCAGCCUCAGCAAAGGACUGGAAAACGUGGUGGAGGCUGGGCAAACUGCCAAAAGGCUGCCACGCCUCCCAUGGUCCAGAUCUGGGUUAAAAGGAGACUAAAUGAAAUGCCUUUAUUAAGCCACACACAAGACCCCCGCUUAUCCAGAACCAUUUUGGAGCCUGCUUCCUACCUUGUUCUCCUGUCCCUUGCACACUUUCUCUCUGCCCUCCUCUGCAGCGAGGUGGGAAACUGGCGCCUGGCUCCCUCCAGCUUGGAGCAGCAGCAGAGGAACCCCCACACAAAAGAGAGCUCAUUUCCCUUCUGCUCUUCUGUGUUCUCCUCCUCGGCAAGUAUUGGCUGCUCCAAUGACCUGGCAAGACGGAGGAGUCUAGAAAUCCAGCCCCUUCCUGAGGUCUGUGUGGACUGUGAGCUGUGCAAGGAGCAGGACCUCCUUUCCUGGGCUUCUCUGAGAAGAAGGCUUUCUCUUGGGAGGGGCUCCCUUCUAGUUGAGGGGGUCUCUCUGGUGAGACUGUCUCAGGGAGGGGACUGACUUUCCUUGGAAGGUUGCCUCCUUCCUUGCCCAAGUCAGCCCCCACUCCUGGCUUGAGCUUCACAGAGCUUAGAGGCCUCCCUGGGGCAGGAUGGGUACGGCAAGCAGCGUGCUUUGACACAUGAUUUAGAGCAAGGUUUGCAUGGAGGCGCAUGGGCACAUUGACACCCCGAGCCUUUUCUAUGGCAGAAUGCCUAUCGAGAAAGAUGGUGGCGAUUAGGCCAGGUGCAGACGUGGGUACAUGCUUCGUGGCAGUUGUGCCUGGUACUGCCUCAGGCAGGUGUGGGCUUUGCAGGCCUUCCCCUGAAGGAGGUGAGGGAGUUAGGGUGGGGCAUCUUGAACACAGCACUUGCCCCAAGUCCCCUGGAUUUGGGGUAUAAAGGACUGGUCUGAGGAAGCAUCGGGGUAGCUGCCCUUGGGCAGGUUCCUCUCUUCUCAGACCAAUCUGGACUCUUGACCAACCAAUGCUGAUGCUUUGGGGGAAUGGUUUGAACAGAGCAAAAGCCCUCGGUUCUGUGACCACCACGAUUGGUCUGGCAGAUCACCGUGACUGAUGCCUUUGGUUUGACAUGCUAGUGCUGGCUGGGCUCACAAGCGCCACGAAGUUGGUUGGCUUGAUUUCAGCUCCACAUGAUGUGCAAGGCCAUCCGUGGCACUCACAGAAUCCUCUUGCACAAAGCUGAGCCACGUGGCCAGGCUCCCUUGGAAGAACCCAAGCGAUGCUGAAGCUGCACCAGAGAGGGGGAGAACCGCCGAAACAAAAUCCUGAAGAGGGACUUUUGGAAACGGCUCCGCUCUCUCCUUUCGGGAACCCACAGCAAUUCCACAGUGGGAUAGUUUUGACGGCCAAGGAUGGAAGCGGCGAGGUGAGCCGUGGCCCAGGCUUGUUUAGCUUCGCCCCAGCGGCCUGAGCCAUUGACCUGCCUUGGAGUGAGAGCCCAGGGGCUUCAUUGCGCCUCUUCUUGGCCUCUGCCUGCGCUGGGGCUGCUUUUGUGGCAGCUGUGCCAGGGCUGUCCUGCCUUGCUUAACUUCUCCUCCUUGUUCAUUCUUGUCUCAUCAAACUCUUCUGCACUUUCAUCCCCAGAACGUUUUGUGUCGAAGAGGCUUGCCUCGUUGUAUAGUCCUGAUCAGUUUUGUUUACAGAUGUGAAAUCCGCCUAUUUUUGUAGUUGGCAGGAAGAUUUUUAGUGGGGAUGUUGGCAGAAAUGAUGCCAAAAGUAGCCAUAAUGCAUUUAUUCACAGCUGGCAUGAGAUGCAGCUUUUCCAUGGUCUGGAAAGAGAUGUGAAGGCUCUUCUCCCAAAUGCUGAUAUGGUGACCUUCACUUCUCUCUGAAACUAGAAAUUAGUCUCUGUUGGUAAAAGGAAAGUGAUGGUGGGAAAGAGAAGAUGGUUUUGAAAGGUUGCAGAGUGGAAGAGUAAACAGCAUGAGGCUUGAGAAAAGCUGCCUUUCCUCUGGCAGGGCUAGGAAGGGGGAAUUGUUGCAACACUGCUUGUUCUCCCGUUUUUAGUUGCAGAGCUUUUGAUGCUGGGCAGGUGGCAUGUCUGGUACAGGUGGCAUCCAGAGGUCAACAUGCACAUGUAGCACAUGAGAAUGAAGCAAAGAAAGCAAAAUUGAAACUGAAUGUUUGCUGCUGUUGCACCAAUAAGGAUUCCAGUAUGUUCACAGUGGGGGGGAAAGUAUAUUUAGAAAACUUGAGUUAUUUCAAGAAGCACACAUCAAAUUUAAGCAUGUAGGGUAGAAGGUUUUAAGGCACUGGUUUUCCCUACCUGGUGUUGGGACUUCCAGUUUACAUCUCUGGAGAACAUUAAGUUUGACAAGGCCCUGUUCUGAGGGACAAAGCGCUCAAGGGCACGAGAGGUUAUGCAGUGGGCUCACAAGGGCUGGGGGCUUCCUUGGCAAUGGAGAGGCAGCCUGUCGUCCCCCGUCCCCCCCAAAGGCCUUUGGGGGGGCAGCACGACGGCUCCAGCACCCCAAGAGGAAGGCCUCACUUUGUACAUAGCCGUUUCCUCCCCACCCAGUUCUACCUGUGUCUCUGUGCGCCACAUCAUUGUAGGCCCCUCACUCUUUGGCUCUUGUGAUAACUUUCAUUUUAACACGUCAGCCCUCCUGUGGUUCCCACACACAUCAAACGUGACUAUGUGAGAUUGUUGCUUUUUGCUUUUCCAAUUUGUUUUGUACAGUAAGAAACAAACCUUCUAAAAUGUCUUUCAGCUGAUGUAACUGUCCUGGUGCUGUUAACUUGUUCUUCCUUUCCAUCCCAUAAUUUAUUUUUCUUCUAACAGUCCAAGCUUCUCCACAUACGCCCUUUCUUCCAAUUUAGUUAUGUGGUUUUUUUCAUUCAAAAUAGUCACUGUUACAGGUAACAAAUGCACUGUGAAGAUUUCAGUAUUAAUAAAAGUUGUACUGUAAUUAA